GCAAGCUCACAGCAGUCACACAGAGCAAACGCACGCUGUCGACUGCACAGAGAAUUAGCAUUCGUGCAGAAUCUAUCAGCCGCAGCAACGGAAGGCCUCACCGGGACGCCUAAGUACUCUGUUGGCAGCCUGCCAGCAGUGUGCUCUCGCAGAGCGGGCGUACGGUGCUGAGAGUAGCGCAUACCUCGUGUCAUCGGCAGGGCGGCGUCGAACAGUGCACACGAAUCGCAGAUAAUUGAUUGCGAGAGGUCUGGGGAGUCCGGUACAAAGAGCGGCUCGAGAUGAUCGGCCUCGCCGUCUCUGUUUUGAUUGCGACGUCGCCAGUACCCGUCAUGGACGUCUUGCAAGUCUACGGCCGGCUCGCGGGCCCGGAAUGCUUCGGGAAGACGGUGCCGGCGGCCGCGGGCGCGUCCUGCCAGCUCACGGCGGCGCGGAUACGAGAGACGAUCGGCGACGUGAGUAGUGAGGCGGGAUUCGAGGCACGACUCGCCGCGCUGCCCUUCCGCUGGCCGCUGAAGCCCUACGGCACCGCGGCGUCGCCGUCGAACGUCAAGACCGUGGCCAUCAACAAGAACGCGGAGACGGCGGUCUACAUGCGCGAACUCGAGCAGCGACGGCUGUACAACAAAAACGACCCGACGGGGCCGCUUCCGACCUCACUAAGACCGGCGCUCGACGCCCAGCUUUCGCGCGAGCCGGUCAGUCCAGAGGCAUCAAAACUAGCGUUCCGGGCCCUCCGCGGCGCACCCACGCUGGACUGGUUCUCGUUCCUCGAGAGGAUAGGCGCGGAGCAGGUCGUCUGGCCAAGGUACUAAUUUAUA